GUCAAGAUCGCUGAAAUGGAGGGAAAGAGGAGUGAUCUUUGGCUUCACGGUUUUUUUACAUGUGGCGGGGUGCAUAUAUUUUCAAACAAAUUAUUUGCGACACAAGUUUUUAGGUUAAUUUAGCUACCUCGUUUUUACUGUUUUGAUUGAACAUUUGAAAUAUUGCUAUAAUUUAUCAUAUCUUUAAAAAUCAUAAUGGAUGUGCUAGAAGAUAUGUUGAGUCUGGGUUGCAAGCACCAGCUUUCUGCUACAAUUGCAUUGCAUGUGUACAUGGAACUGUGUGAAGUGCAUGUCUUAUGGGACGUAAAGUACUUCUACAGCCAAGAGCUGGAGAUGAUGUACUUGACAGCUAGAAGAACACGCACAUCUCCAGUGGAUAUAUACAUCCCAGUAUCCAGCACAGCCAGCAUCUCUCCACAGUGGAUCGACAAAGUUCAGGAUGUUCUGUGCAAGGGAGAAGGGCCAAAAAGCAUCAUCUUGGCCGUGAAGGACCGACAUUCAGCAGUUGUUUAUCACCGCCUGACAGAAGGGUUGGUGGUACCUGACUCGCCCAACACAGCGAAACAAAGAAAACAAAAAGUAGCACGCAGCACAGCUAUUGAAGGGCAGUUGCAAGCACGUCGCUUAGAGUUGUUUAAAAUGGCUAAAGACUCUGCUGAAAGUUAAACCUGUACAUUUGUAACACAUUGUGAAUUAUGAAACACUUUCCUAACUUCAAGGAAUUCAUCCCUGUAUCUUUGAGGAAGUCAUCUAGUAGGGUGUAAUACAUUUCUAGGUCAUCUUAAGCAAUGGUUAAAAUUUAUUAUGCUAGCCAUUACAUUUAUGCCAGUCACUAAGGUUAGGGUGGAGCAGGGACCUAUUAGGCUUAUAAAGCACUAGGGGAAUGUGGAACAUCACCUUCGGCGCAGGCUACCGACAAUGAACUUUGUGAAGGGACUGCCAUCAUCCAUCGUUAUCAAAUAGUGUUAAUAAUUUAUACUUUGAUAGCCAGGUUUAAUGGGGGAAGCCUACGAUACACUCGUCCUUCUGGACUUACCCGAAUACUCACGUUGGCAAGCCUUCUUUUCACAGACGAGAGAGCCAAACCCGAAGUUCCCCAAAGUUCAUGCUCACUUUUUUUUUUCCAUUCUAUCUCAUUAUAUAAACCGGUGUGGCAUUAAAUUUUGCGGUCGAUUAGGAUAGGUUAGCUACAUUAUAAAUACUUUAAAACAUUGUGGAUGGUUGGUUUAUUUUGGUAAUUAUAGUUACAUUAAAAAUACUGUAAAAUCAUUUUAUGGUUGCUUAGCAAAUAACCUUUUUAAUAUGUGGCUAUCCAGGGCUAGGAAACCGUUUACAUGAUUUCACAGUAUCUUUAAUGUAGCUAUCCUAACCAAAUCAACUGUCCACAAUGUUUUGAAGUAUUUAUAAUGUAGCUAACCUAACCUAACCUAAUUGACCAUUAGUUAUCAUGAGUUGUAUAUUUAUUUACAAUGAACAAAAAAAAACCUGAAGAUGCACGAUCGGGCGUUUGGCUCUCUUGUCUGUUGAAAGAAGGCUUGCCAACGUGAGUAUUCGGGUAUGUCCAGAAGGACGAGUGAAUCGUAGGCUUCCCGUUUCAUGGACCCUGGUGUCGUUGGCUAAUAGUUCCUUGUGUAAUUCUUUGCAAUAUUGGUUAUUAUUCUGUGUGUUAAGUUGUCUAGCAUUUGCACUUUCUACAAUGUUCAUAGUGAUCAAGUGAUACAAAUGUAGUUGCCCUGGGGAGGCCACCAUGACAGCCUGAUGGCCAAAAAAUUUGUUGAAAAUUGUAUGAAAAUAAUUUUUAAGCUAAAGACUUUACCCCUGUGUAAAA